GGGACAAGCGGCGGGGGCCGGGACCGGGACCGGGACCGGGGCCUGCGGGCGAGAGAGGCCGCGGGUCGGACGGACGGACGGACGGAGUGCUGGCGGCUCCUGCCCAGGCGGCGAGGGAAGGCUUGCCGGGUCGAGGGGGGCAGCUGUGGGAGACGGCCCGCUGGUUCUGAGCCCAUCCUGGAAGCAUGUGGUUCCUCAUGCCCUUCGACAGCCUGGUCUGCACCCUGCUGGGCAUCUCGCUGACCGUCUGGAUCACCCUCCUGCUGGUCUUCAUCAUCGUGCCUGCCAUCUUCGGCGUGUCCUUCGGCAUCCGCAAGCUCUACAUGAAAACCCUCCUCAAAGUUUUUGAGUGGGCAACACUGCGAAUAGAAAGAGGAGCCCGUGAAAGAAAGCACCUGAUCUAUAAGACUAACUCUAAUGGGAUUAUAAAGAAAGAACCCACAUCUCUGGAGGAGGAAAUAAAGCAGAUGAGGCAGAGUGGCAACAACAGAGCCCUGGACAGUCGAGAAUUUGAAAUGUCUGAUAUCUUCUACUUCUGUAGGAAGGGUGUCGAGACUAUUGUGGAUGAUGAAGUAACAAAACGAUUUUCUGCUGAGGAAUUAGAAUCUUGGAAUUUGUUGACAAGAACAAAUAAUAAUUUUCAAUAUAUUAGCCUUCGACUGACUGUCCUCUGGGGACUGGGUGUUUUUGUACGAUACUGCUUUCUACUUCCAUUGAGGGUUACCCUGGCUAUCACUGGCAUUAGCAUGUUAGUGAUUGGAACAACCAUUGUGGGAUAUUUGCCAAAUGGAUGGUUGAAGGACUUUUUGAGCAAACAUGUACACUUGAUGUGCUACAGGAUCUGCGUGAGAGCGCUGACUGCAAUUAUACAUUAUCAUGACAGUGAAAACAGACCCAAAAAUGGAGGUAUAUGUGUUGCAAAUCAUACUUCUCCAAUUGAUGUCAUCAUUCUGGCUAGUGAUGGCUUCUACGCUAUGGUUGGGCAGAUUCAUGGUGGGCUGAUGGGAGUCAUUCAGAGAGCCAUGGUCAAGGCUUGUCCUCAUAUCUGGUUUGAGAGAUCAGAAGUCAGAGAUCGCAAUCUAGUUGCAAGAAGACUGAGUGAACAUGUAAGAGACCAGGUUAAACUUCCGAUUUUGAUAUUCCCAGAAGGAACUUGUAUCAACAAUACCUCUGUUAUGAUGUUCAAGAAGGGCAGUUUUGAAAUUGGAGCUACCGUCUACCCUGUUGCUAUCAAGUAUGAUCCUCUGUUUGGAGAAGCCUUCUGGAAUAGCAGCAAGUAUGGAAUGGUGAACUACCUGCUGAGGAUGAUGACGAGCUGGGCAAUUGUCUGCAGUGUCUGGUAUCUGCCACCAAUGACGCGAGAGGAAGGUGAAGAUGCAGUACAAUUUGCUAAUCGUGUGAAAGCUGCAAUUGCCAGGCAAGGUGGUCUUGUUGAUUUACUGUGGGAUGGUGGCCUCAAAAGAGAAAAAGUGAAGAACACAUACAAAGAGGAGCAGCAGAAACUCUACAGCAAGAUGAUAGUGGGGAACCAUAAAGACCGAAGCCGUUCCUGAAAUCUCCACCGGAAGACUCAAUCCACUGCCAGUCUGGGGGGUGUCAACUGACACAUCUUUGGCUGUGUUUCUGGCCCACAAUAAAUUAAAGGGCAAGAGUCUUUCCAAGUACUUUCUUUUCCAUCUUAUUGAAGAAUUUAAACCUUGGCAUCAUGCAGUGGAAAGAAAUCUGCUGAGAUCUGGACUGUGUUUAUCAGGAAAUAGACUUGGAAAAUGUCCGUUAACAAUGUGUCUGUGACUGGGGUUCAGGUAAAGUAACGAACAUGACAUAGAUGUACCAAGGAUGAAAGGGAUUGUCCAGCUGGUGUGGGUUAUGCCAAGCCCACUUUGACCAAUUGGAACAGUUAGCCAUAGCUUUGUGUUUUACCUCACAGGGUUGUGGGAGCAUCUCUGUUGAGGAGGGCAGCUCGAAAGAAUGAGAACAGGGAAGGAACAGGAGUACUAAACCUUUGAACAACUGAGGUGUGUUGAAGAUACCCUCUGAUACAUAUGUACUCAUUGUAGUUUCAUUCUGUUUAAAGAUCAGUACUUGCAUGCCAUUUUUUUCCCUUCAAAAAUUGCAUAGACCUGUAUUUGUCAUUGUAAUCAGGAAAGGGAAAAAUAAUACCUCUUCCACACAGUUGGUCUGGCUACAAGCAGAUGUGAAGGAAGCCUUUCUUGUACUUAGUUUACUUCACUCCAACAGAAGACUUGGGGGUGGGGGGGGGGGAUCCUCCAGUAUAGCAAGGGAGAUCUAUGUACGUGCAUCGAUACUGUUCCUUGGUGCUUGUUUUCUUUUCUUAGAAGCUUAUCCUGUUGUUCUGUUUCAUCAUGUAAGGAUAUUAGCAUCUGUAUUUUAGAAAUGUGCCCUUAAGCAAAAGUUUUCCAAUUUCUGCCUGACAGUGAUUUUUGACUGUCUCCUUUUCAAAAUUUGAAAACUGCCUUGGAAUCAUCUCAUGACAUAAUUUGGUUUUAUUGGCAGAGCCCAUGUUUCUCUUCAUUGUCACAUUCUGUGAAUCAAGCAUUAGUAUGGUGGGACCUUGGGAGGAAUUUGCGUUAAACCAUUCAGGUUUGGAUAAAACCGUUUACAGAUAUUUAUGUCGGAUGUAUUAGAUGUGUAUGGGUGUGUGCUGUUGGGUUUGUACUUGGUUUCUCUCCCAAAAUACUGUGUUGAUAGCAUACUGCAUAGCGGUGGAUAUGUUCACUGGAAGUUUCUGCUGGUCUCUCCUCCCAGGAAUCUUGUGGACAUAUGGUUCUAAGGUGGCUUCUGUCCUUAAUGCAUGCAGAACUGCUCUGCUAGUUCUGCUUCAGAAUCCUUUGAAACAAACAAGAACCUGAGAGUGGAUGUGUCCUGUUGUGGGAGAGUCUAGUGCUUGAAUGUUCAAAAAUAAGCGAUUGCUCAUUUAACAAAGAUAAAAGUGACUUUUUUCUUGUC